AAAAAAAAAAAGAUACAAUGGGUGAAAAUAUCUAUACACCUGCUAUGGCUCAACGUUUGGUUGUGGACGGACUACCCCUCAGUAGAAAUGAAAUGAUUGCUGUUUAUUACCACUCUGGUUAUACUAUUCAGGAAAUCAUUGGAUUUCUUGCGAGCAGACAUAACACUGCUUUAAGUGCGAGACAAAUUCAUCGAGUUUUAAGGGAAAUGAAUCUAACGAGACGAAACAACCAGCCACGUUUGGAGGACAUUGUAACGGCUAUUUUACAUGAACUUUCAGGCUCGGGCGGUGACAUUGGCUAUAGAGGAAUGAGGAGACGUCUGCUAGUCGACCAUGACCUCAAUGUGUCUUGUGAAUUGGUGCGCCUUGCAUUAACUGUUUUGGACGCAGAAGGUGUAAUAAGACGUAGACAACGUCGUCUUCAGCGUAGAAGGUACAUUAACGAAGGGCCCAAUUUUUGUGUUCAUCUAGAUGGCUGGGACAAAUUGAAACCAUUUGGAAUUUCCAUUCAUGGUUGUGUAGAUGGCUUUUCAAGACGUAUUCUCUGGCUUAGAGCUUGCAAUUCUAACAAAAACCCUGAAUAUAUAUCCAGAUUUUAUAUAGACUAUAUCAAAGAAAUAAACGGGGUUCCUGUGGUCGUAUACGCGGACAGGGGUACUGAGAACUGCAUAGUUCGAGAUUUGCAAUACGCUUUGCGAUGGAAUCACCAGGAUCCUCUGCAAGGACUAUCAAGUUUUAGGUAUGGAUCGUCAUAUAGAAAUACAAGAAUAGAGCGAUUUUGGCGGUGUUUACGGGAAAUGUGUGGCAAUUUUUGGAUAAAUUACUUUAAGGAUAUGGAUAAUUUGGGUGUUUUUGACACAUCCGAUGUAGUUCACCUAGAGUGUGCUAGGUAUUGUUUCUUACCAAUUAUCAACAGGGAAUUGUACAGAGUUAUACAGCAUUGGAAUGAACACACAAUUAGAAGAAACCGCAAUGCAGAUUGUCCGUCUGGAAAACCAGAUGUUAUGUAUUUUCAGCCCGAAAUUUACCAAACAAGAGAUUAUAAAAUGCCUAUACCUGGUAAUCUGAAUGGCAUAGAACAAGAAUAUUGUGCCUACCCUCCUGCAAAUGGUGUUUCGAUGGAAUUUGAAGUUAUUGGUACUCAAAUAAGAAUUGAAAACGGUUUGAAUUACCCACCAAACACAGUAGAAGAAGCAACAGAACUCUUUAUCCGUAUAACAAACUAUGUAGAUCGCUUAUAAAUUACAUGUAUAUACAUAGAUUUGACUCAUGUGGUUAUAAGGAGGUAUCUUUUUCGUAUGUUCUAAAUAUUGUUUGAUAAAGGAAUUAGAAAUUGUA